AAUAAUAAUAAUAAUAAUAAUAAUAAUAAUAAUAAUAAUAAUAAUAAUAAUAAUAAUAAUAAUAAUAAUAAUAAUAAUAAUAAUAAUAAUAAUAAUAAUAAUAAUAAUAAUAAUAAUAAUAAUAAUAAUAAUAAUAAUAAUAAUAAUAAUAAUAAUAAUAAUAAUAAUAAUAAUAAUAAUAAUAAUAAUAAUAAUAAUAAUAAUAAUAAUAAUAAUAAUAAUAAUAAUAAUAAUAAUAAUAAUAAUAAUAAUAAUAAUAAUAAUAAUAAUAAUAAUAAUAAUAAUAAUAAUAAUAAUAAUAAUAAUAAUAAUAAUAAUAAUAAUAAUAAUAAUAAUAAUAAUAAUAAUAAUAAUAAUAAUAAUAAUAAUAAUAAUAAUAAUAAUAAUAAUAAUAAUAAUAAUAAUAAUAAUAAUAAUAAUAAUAAUAAUAAUAAUAAUAAUAAUAAUAAUAAUAAUAAUAAUGAUAAUAAUAAUAAUAAUGAUAAUAAUAAUAAUAACAAUAAUAACAUUAAUAAUAAUAAUAAUAAUAAUAAUAAUAAUAAUAAUAAUAAUAAUUUUCGCAGACGGGACGAGGCCGAGUUCUGCUUUGCCACUCUUGCCCCAAUCGCUCUGUUAGUUGCACGUGCGCGACCAGCAGACUACAGCCAGGAAUAG